AUGCGGCGCGAUCUAUUCCUCGCUGCGGCGGUCGUCGCUGUGGCCGAGAGAGCACUUGCCAUUCCGACGCAAAACUGGGCCGAGACAGAGCCGCAACGACUGUCGGCACGAAACAUCGUUGAUCAAGUGGACGAGGCUUACGACUUUGUCAUCGUUGGAGGAGGUCUUGCAGGGCUUGUCCUCGGCGCUCGUCUGUCGGAAGACUCGAAUCAUACAGUACUUGUCCUCGAGGCGGGCGGCAACGGAGACGAGUAUCGAGAUCAAAUAGAUGUACCCGGAAAUGCAUACUACAAAUCCCUAUGGCCGACCGACCUCAACUGGGAUUUCUACACCGUCCCGCAAGAAGGGGCCAAUAACACUUCGUGUGAAUGGCCCCGUGGCAAGGUCCUUGGAGGUUGUUCUGCCAUCAACGGGCUGUACAUGAAUCGGCCUGGCCAGAUCGAGCUUAAUGCCUGGCAAGACCUCAUCGGUGACAUGGACGGCGCUGACAACUGGUCCUGGGCUUCGUUCUACGCAGCCAUGAAGAAGAGCGAGACGUUCACUGCCCCAGUCGAUGAUGUUGUCCAAGAAGCCGCCAUCACUUGGGAAGCUUCGAGCCAUGGUACCAACGGUCCUAUCCACCAGUCGUAUCCCGGAUACACGUUCCCUUACGUCGGAGAGUGGUCUACCGCUGUACAGACCGUUGGUGUCGAGGUGACUCACGAUGCUUAUGGUGGAAAGAACUGGGGCGCUUAUGUUGCAACAUCCGCAAUCAACCCGACCAACUGGACUCGAUCGUACAGUCGUUCCGGAUAUCUUGAUCCUCUCCCACCUCGUGCCAACUACGAUGUUCUUGCCAACGCUCAGGUUACUCGAAUCGUCUUCAAUUCCUCGUCGCCCUCGGGCAACUUGACAGCCAGUGGAGUUGAGUACACGCGUGACGGUGGUGCCACAAAAUUGACCGUCGGAGUUAAGAAAGAAGUUAUCCUGGCUGCCGGCACUGUUGGCAGUCCCACAGUGCUCAUGCACAGUGGUGUCGGCCCGAAGGAUGUUCUCACUGCUGCUGGUGUGGAAGUUCUGUCUGAGUUGCCUGGUGUAGGCCAACAUCUCCAGGACCAUGUGAGCGUCAGCUUGCAAUGGAGCACCGACAAUCCGACCGCAGGUUCUAUGUAUGCCGACAAUGACACGGUUACGACUACGGCGGCGUACCUUUCGUACGUUAACUCUGCUGUGGCCUACGUCAACUCGUCUGUUCUGUUCGGCAACUCAGUAAGCAGCCUGAAGUCAAACAUUCUGAGCCAGUUCUCGCAAUUUGCCACGAAGGCUAGCUCCGAUGAGAACGUUGUAUCUGGUUACAAGGCCAUCUACGACACCACAGCCAAUGAUAUUUUCAACGGCCCUACCGGUCUGGUCGAGCUCUUGGUCGGCAACAACGUCGACGGCGCCAUCCGUAUCGGCGCCGCUCUCCAGCACCCGUUCAGCCAUGGCUCAAUCACCAUCAACUCGUCUAACCCCUUGGAUUACCCUGUCAUCGACCCUCGCUACUUGACACAUCCUGCUGACGUACAAAUCCUUCGCGAAGGCAUCAAAUUGGCUCGACGCAUCGGUGAGGCCCAGCCCUUGGCAAGCGAGAUGAAGGAAGAAGUGUACCCCGGAUCCGCCGUCCAAACCGACGAGGAAUGGGAAGAAUGGAUGCGCGGCGGUGUCUUCACCGAGUUCCACCCGUCCUCGACGUGUUCCAUGCUUCCGCUCGACCAAGGUGGUGUGGUGGAUGCCAACCUGCGCGUCUACGGUCUAGCCAAUGUCCGAGUGGCCGAUGCCAGUGUUCCUCCCAUUGCAUUCUCCGCGCACUUGAUGGGAUCAACGUACGGAUUGGCCGAGCAGGCGAGCACCUUGAUCCGGGCAUACCACAACAAGAAGAUUCCGGUUAUCGCACACACGAGCUCGAACAAUUCGACCGACUCGAGCCACAACAAGGCCGCAUCGACGACAAUAGCCGUUUCGGCAUCAACUGCGACGAGCUCUUCUUCGGCAACUGCCACCAAUGGAGCCUCAUCGCUUGAUACCCGCUCGUGGUCCGUUAUCACCACUGUGGCUGCAUUCAUGGUUUCGGCGUUUGUCUUCUCCAUGUAA